CUCCAGUUGUCCAUGGCAAUCACAGCCGUUGCUUGGCUUCAAAGACACUUGCUCUUUUUAGCCUGCUCGUCUGUGCAUUGAUGCCAUGCCUCUAGGUAAAUUUGGCUUGGUCGGCGAUAACGUCGAGACAAGAGUCCAAUAUCGACGACUUGCCGAAUUUGAAGCACGCCCAAUGACAGUCGCCGGCCGUGAUGGACUGCUGCUGUUGGUCCAGGAACAGAAGAAUCCUUGAUGUGAUGCUCCAACACCAUUCCCGAAAUGUCAGGUACCUCUCGAAUCUCCCGCACUCGGCCAGUCCAAUCAUGUCGUCCAUGUCGACUUUGGAUCGGCAUCUCUUGCUUUGCUGACUCGAACGGACAGACAACUCGGGAGGGCCCGUUCUCACGUGUGGGUUCUUGCUGGAGACCAGAGGGUCGUAUCCAUGAUGGACGGCUGUAAAUCCCAACCCGGAAGGUGGGUGAUUGUCGUCCUGCCCAGAUCGAAGUUACGCGCCGCGACGCCGAGACUUCAUGAUCCGGCUCUGCGUUUGCGGAUCGACAUUCUGUCAGCACCUCCAUCCGACGCCCAGUAUCAACAAGAACGGCUUCUCUUGUUUCGGAAGGUCGCUUGAGCAUCACGAUGGAAGGGACAUGAGGAGGUGGAGGAUGAGGAAGACGAGGAGAGGAAGAAGAGGAUGAGAAGGACAUCUGGUGGCAAAAGUCGAGGAUAAAUAUCAUCCAGAUCAUCCCCCGUUUCCGAUUCAAUCUCCUCAUCACUCCAACCAUCCAGCCUUCCUUCAAUCCUUCCUUCUCGUCUCCCAGCCUCUCAACGGUUCCCGGCCUUUCAAACACCAGCAAACAUGAAGCUGUCCGCUGUCCUCGCCCUCCUGCCUCUGGCUAUGGCCGCCCCCUCGGCGCCCAUUGACAAGCGCGCUCCCAUCCUCGAGGCCCGCGCCGGAACCCAGGCUGUCCCCGGCAAGUACAUUGUCAAGCUCCGCGAGACUGCUUCCGACGACGACCUCGACAAGGCCGUGAAGAAGCUCGGCAACAGCAAGGCCGACCACGUCUACAAGCACGCCUUCCGUGGCUUCGCCGGCCGCAUCGAUGACAAGACCCUCGAUGACAUCCGCUCCCUCCCCGAGGUCGAGUACGUCGAGCAGGAGGCCGUCUUCACCAUCAACACCUACACCUCCCAGUCCUCGGUCCCCUCGUGGGGUCUCGCCCGUCUUUCCUCCAAGACCACGGGCAAGACCACCUACGUCUACGACAGCUCCGCCGGCGCCGGAACCUGCGCCUACAUCAUCGACACCGGUAUCAACACCGCCCACAGCGACUUUGGUGGCCGCGCUACCUGGCUCGCCAACUACGCCGGCGAUGGCAUUAACUCGGACGGAAAUGGUCACGGCACGCAUGUGGCGGGUACGGUAGGAGGAACCACGUAUGGUGUGGCCAAGAAGACGCAGCUCUACGCCGUCAAGGUGCUCGACUCCAACGGGUCCGGCAGCAACUCGGGUGUCAUUGCCGGCAUGAACUUUGUCGCCCAGGACGCGCAGAGCCGCAACUGCCCCAACGGCACCGUCGCCAACAUGUCCCUCGGCGGCGGCUACUCGGCCUCCACCAACAGCGCCGCUGCCGCCAUGGUCCGGGCCGGUGUCUUCCUCGCGGUCGCCGCCGGCAACGACGGUGCCAACGCCGCCAACUACUCGCCCGCUUCCGAGCCCACCGUCUGCACUGUCGGCGCCACCACCUCGGCUGAUGCCAUUGCCUACUACUCCAACUACGGCACCAUUGUCGACAUCUUCGCCCCCGGCACUUCCAUCACCUCGGCCUGGAUCGGGUCCACCACCGCCAAGAACACCAUCUCGGGCACUUCCAUGGCCACCCCCCACAUCACUGGUCUCGGCGCCUACCUCCUCACCCUCCUCGGCAAGAAGUCCCCCGCUGCUCUCUGCUCCUACAUUGCCAGCACCGCCAACUCUGGCGUCAUCUCUGGCAUUCCCCGCGGCACCGUCAACAAGCUUGCCUUCAACGGCAACCCCAGCGCUUACUAAGCGGUUUUUUCCUUUUUUCCCUGUUACCCAAGUCAAAAGAAAAGGAUGCAGUCUGGGUAGGACGCGCAUCGCAUAAUGGUUGAUGAUUGGAAUGAUAUGAUGGAUGAAGGAAAUGGAUGGAUGGAUGGAUGAUGAGUUGAGGUAGUGACCAGAUUUGAAGGCUCUGGUUCACAAAUUUCUCACUCACUCAAAAAAAGUGAGGGAUUCUUUUUCUGGAUGCACAUUUUUGGAAGGAUUGGGCAUGUAGAUAGUUUCCCUCUCUGCUUCUUUUUCGCUAGAUCUUUCCAGCUUGGAACGGAUCUUGUUCGAGGGUCUUGGCCAGGCCGUUUACUCGAACUGUUGGCUAGGAUUGGUUUGAAGUGAAUGAAUAAAAAGAGUCAAACAUUACUUGAUUGUUUUGCCUGGUGCUUUUGGUGAUGAUUGCCUCGCUUGAUUGUCCUGAGUCG